GAGCGCUGAACUGCGUCGGGCCAAAGGACCAUGCGAGGGCCAGAGGCGGGCCCCGGCACCACCAUGGAAGGGGACGUGCUGGACACGCUGGAGGCGCUGGGGUACAAAGGACCACUGUUAGAAGAACAGGCCCUUACCAAGGCAGCAGAGGGUGGACUUUCUUCGCCUGAAUUUUCAGAGUUAUGUGUUUGGUUAGGCUCUCAAAUAAAAUCUUUAUGCAACUUGGAAGAAAGUAUCACUUCCGCUGGGAGAGAUGACUUAGAGAGUUUCCAGCUUGAGAUAAGUGGUUUUUUAAAAGAAAUGGCUUGCCCCUAUUCUGUUCUCAUAUCAGGAGAUGUUAAAGACCGAUUAAAAACAAAGGAUGACUGUUUGAAACUUCUGUUAUUUUUAAGUACAGAACUUCAAGCUUUACAGAUAUUACAGAAAAAGAAAUGUAAAAAUUCUGAGUUAGAUAAAAACAGUGAAAUUUGUCAGGAAGUUCAAGCUAUAUAUGAUGCCCUUGGUAUACCGAAGUCUACCACUUCUGACAUUCCGGCUAUGCUAACCCAAGUGGAAUCAAAGGUGAAGGAGAUUCUCUCUAAAGUCCAGAAAAAUCAUGUGGGAAAACCACUGUUGAAAGUUGAUUUAAAUCCGGAACAAGCGGAACAACUGGAAAGAAUCAAUGAUGCCCUUUCCUGUGAAUAUGAAUGUCGCCGGCGGAUGUUAAUGAAACGCUUAGAUGUGACAGUGCAGUCCUUUGGAUGGUCUGACAGAGCAAAGGUAAAGACAGAUAGCAUAGCAAGAAUUUACCAGCCUAAGCGUUAUGCUUUGUCACCCAAGACAACUAUCACAUUGGCACACCUGCUUGCAGCUCGUGAAGAUCUGUCUAAGAUCAUUAGGACAAGUAGUGGCAUCAGUCGGGAGAAAACUGCAUGUGCCAUUAAUAAGGUGCUGAUGGGACGGGUCCCUGAUAGAGGAGGACGGCCAAAUGAAAUUGAACCACCACCCCCUGAAAUGCCCCCUUGGCAAAAGAGACAAGACGGCGGUGGAAGGGGUGGAUGGGGGGGUGGGGGGAGUGGAGGUGGGGGCAGAGGUGGUGGCGGAGGAGGAAGAGGA